AUGGCCGCCUUCGGGCUUCUCAGCUAUGAGCAGAGACCGCUGAAGCGCCCCCGGCUCGGGCCGCCCGAUGUCUAUCCCCAAGACCCCAAGCAGAAGGAGGAUGAACUGACUGCCGUGAAUGUAAAGCAAGGCUUCAGCAAUCAACCAGCCUUCACUGGAGAUGAACAUGGCUCAGCCAGAAAUAUUGUAAUUAACCCAUCAAAGAUUGGAGCUUAUUUUAGCAGCAUAUUAGCUGAGAAACUAAAGCUUAACACUUUCCAGGACAUUGGAAAGAAGAAACCACAAGUUAACGCCAAAGAUAAUUAUUGGCUGGUCACUCCACGAUCUCAGAGUGUAAUUCAUAGUUGGUUCUCUGACUUAGCAGGAAACAAACCACUAACUAUUCUGGCAAAAAAGGUUCCCAUUCUUAGUAAAAAAGAAGAUGUUUUUGCUUAUUUAGCUAAAUACUCUGUGCCAAUGGUUCGAGCAGCAUGGCUAAUCAAGAUGACUUGUGCCUACUAUUCUGCUAUUUCUGAAGCUAAAAUUAAGAAGCGUCAAGUUCCUGAUCCUAAUUUGGAGUGGACACAGAUUUCUACCAGGUAUCUUCGAGAGCAGCUGGCCAAGAUCUCUGACUUUCACCAUGGGGGCCCCAGCACAGGUGACGGUCCUGUGUCUGUGCCGCUGGAGGUAGAGCAAGCCAUGAAGCAGUGGGAAUACAAUGAAAGGCUGGCCUUUCACAUGUUCCAGGAAGGAAUGCUUGAAAAACAUGAAUACUUGACAUGGAUCCUGGAUGUUUUAGAAAAAACUAGACCAAUGGAUGAUGAUCUUCUUAAACUCUUGUUACCGCUCAUGCUGCAGUAUUCAGAUGAGUUUGUCCAGUCAGCCUACCUGUCUCGUCGUCUCGCCUAUUUCUGUGCUCGCCGCCUCUCCUUGCUGCUGAGUGAUAGCCCCGGCCUGCUUGUUGCCCACUCACCCCACAUGAUGAUUGGUCCAAACGCCUCGAGCAUCAGCACACCCAGCCCUGGCCCUCCUGGCCCCGGCGUGAGCCCGGUCCAACUGGCCUUCUCGGAUUUCCUUUCCUGUGCACAGCAUGGUCCCUUAAUUUAUGGACUUAGUUGUAUGUUGCAGACUGUAACUCUCUGUUGCCCAAGUGCCUUGGUAUGGAAUUACUCCACAAAUGAAAAUAAGAGUGCAAACCCAGGCUCGCCCCUGGAUCUGCUGCAGGUGGCCCCUUCCAGUCUGCCCAUGCCAGGUGGGAACACAGCUUUCAACCAGCAGGUUCGAGCAAGGAUUUAUGAGGUAGAGCAGCAGAUAAAGCAAAGAGGCCGUGCCGUGGAAGUACGGUGGUCCUUUGACAAGUGCCAAGAAUCAACAGCAGGGGUCACCAUUAGUCGUGUUUUGCACACACUGGAAGUCUUGGAUCGUCACUGUUUUGACCGCACGGAUUCUGGCAAUUCAAUGGAGACACUUUAUCAUAAGAUCUUCUGGACAAACCAAAACAAAGACAAUCAAGAGGUCGCUCCCAACGAUGAAGCAGUGGUAACAUUAUUGUGUGAAUGGGCUGUGAGCUGUAAGCGGUCGGGCAAGCACAGAGCCAUGGCUGUGGCCAAACUCUUAGAGAAGAGACAAGCGGAAAUCGAGGCAGAGAGAUGUGGUGAGUCCGAGGUCUUAGAUGAAAAAGAGUCCAUUUCUUCAGGCUCUCUUGCUGGAUCUAGUUUGCCUGUUUUUCAAAAUGUUCUGCUAAGGUUUUUAGACACACAGGCCCCUUCCUUGUCGGAUCCGAACAGUGAAUGUGAAAAGGUGGAGUUUGUGAACCUGGUGCUGCUGUUUUGUGAGUUCAUCCGCCAUGAUGUCUUUUCCCACGACGCAUACAUGUGCACCCUCAUAUCUCGAGGGGAUUUGUCCGUGACCGCCUCUACACGGCCACGGUCACCAGCAGGAGAAAAUGUAGAUGAACAUUACUCAAAAGACCAUGAUGUGAAAAUGGAGGAACAAAGUAUUAUGGCGCAUAUGGGCAUUGACUCAGGAACCACUAGCAUUUUUGAUGAAGUAGACAAGAGUGACUUUAAAACUGACUUUGGUUCGGACUUUGCAAUUUUUUCUCCCAUUCCUGGGGAGUCCUGUGAGAAUGUCACCCCUUCUUUUGGAAGAAGAAUGCCAGUGAAUGGUGAGAAGUUGAUGAAGAGGGAAAAGUCAAGGGAACUGAUUUUUCCAUCUAACUAUGACCUCCUCCGUCACUUGCAGUAUGCAACCCACUUUCCUAUACCUCUGGAUGAAUCUUCAAGUCAUGAAUGUAACCAGCGCACGAUCCUUCUGUAUGGAGUUGGCAAAGAACGUGAUGAAGCAAGACAUCAGCUGAAGAAGAUUACCAAAGAUAUCCUGAAAAUUCUAAAUAAGAAGAGCACUGCAGAGACGGGGGGAAGUGAUGAAGGACAGAAAGCCAGGAAAAACAAACAGGAAGCCUUCCCAACACUAGAGACUGUGUUCACAAAACUUCAACUCCUUUCGUACUUUGAUCAGCAUCAAGUGACAUCUCAGAUCUCUAACAAUGUGCUGGAACAAAUCACAAGUUUUGCAUCGGGAACAUCCUAUCAUCUUCCUUUGGCUCACCAUAUUCAGCUUAUCUUUGAUCUCAUGGAGCCAGCUUUGAACAUCAAUGGACUGAUUGACUUUGCAAUACAGCUACUAAAUGAGUUGAGUGUUGUGGAAGCUGAGCUACUUCUGAAGUCUUCCAGCCUGGCAGGAAGCUACACGACAGGCCUGUGUGUCUGCAUUGUGGCUGUGCUGAGGCGGUACCACAGCUGUCUGAUCUUGAAUCCUGAUCAGACAGCACAGGUGUUUGAAGGGUUGUGUGGUGUGGUCAAGCACGUUGUCAACCCCUCAGAAUGUUCUUCCCCUGAAAGAUGCAUCUUAGCCUACCUCUAUGAUCUCUAUGUGUCUUGUAGCCACCUCAGAAGUAAAUUUGGAGACCUCUUCAGUAGUGCCUGUUCAAAAGUAAAGCAGACCAUAUAUAAUAAUGUGAUGCCUGCAAAUUCUAAUUUGCGAUGGGAUCCUGACUUUAUGAUGGACUUUAUUGAGAAUCCAUCAGCCCGUAGCAUCAACUAUUCAAUGCUUGGCAAGAUACUUAGUGACAAUGCGGCCAAUCGCUAUAGCUUUGUCUGCAACACCCUCAUGAAUGUAUGUAUGGGCCAUCAGGACGCUGGAAGAAUUAAUGACAUAGCCAAUUUCUCCUCUGAACUGACAGCUUGCUGCACUGUUCUUAGCUCAGAAUGGCUGGGGGUUUUGAAGGCUCUUUGCUGUUCUUCAAAUCACGUGUGGGGUUUUAAUGAUGUUCUCUGCACUGUAGAUGUGAGUGACCUUUCAUUCCAUGAUUCAUUAGCUACUUUCAUUGCUAUUCUGAUAGCACGACAGUGUUUCUCCCUGGAGGACGUCGUGCAGCACGUCGCACUUCCCUCUCUCCUAGCAGCAGCUUGUGGAGACGCAGAUGCAGAACCUGGGGCGAGAAUGACGUGCCGCCUCCUGCUUCAUCUCUUCCGAGCGCCCCAGGCCUGCUUCUUACCUCAGGCCACAGGUAAACCUUUUCCUGGAAUAAGAUCAUCUUGUGAUCGCCACCUCUUAGCUGCCGCUCACAACAGCAUCGAAGUGGGAGCUGUCUUUGCUGUCUUAAAAGCAAUUAUGAUGCUUGGAGAUGCCAAAAUUGGUAGUAACACCGUCAGCUCUUUGAAGAAUGAUGAUUUUACCAUGAGGGGCUUACGGCGUGAUGGGAAUGCUGAUGAUAUCUGGACUGCCACACAAAAUUCCAAAACCUGUGGGAAAAGCAUUUCCAUAGAAACUGCAAAUUUAAGGGAAUAUGCGAGAUACGUCCUGAGGACUAUCUGUCAACAGGAAUGGGUAGGAGAACAUUGUUUGAAGGAACCUGAAAGGCUGUGUACAGACAAAGAACUUAUCCUGGAUCCUGUUCUUUCAAAUGUACAAGCACAGAAGUUACUUCAGCUUAUCUGUUAUCCUCAUGGCAUUAAAGAAUGUACCGAAGGGGACAACCUGCAGAGACAACACAUUAAGCGCAUUCUUCAGAAUCUUGAGCAGUGGACACUGAGGCAGUCCUGGUUAGAACUUCAGUUAAUGAUCAAACAGUGUCUGAAGGACCCUAGUUCUGGGUCUGUGGCGGAAAUGAACAACUUACUGGACAACAUUGCAAAGGCAACAAUUGAAGUAUUCCAACAGUCAGCUGACUUGAACAAUAACUCCUCUAAUUCAAGCAUGGGCCUCUUCAACCCCAACACUAUUGGAGGGACUGAUACAGGCAGCCAGAGGCAGAAUGGAAUAAAGACAUUUCUAAGCUCCUCUGAACGAAGGGGUGUGUGGUUGGUAGCCCCCUUGAUUGCCAAGCUGCCAACAUCUGUGCAGGGAAGAGUGUUGAAAGCUGCCGGGGAAGAGCUGGAGAAGGGACAGCACUUGGGCUCCUCCUCCAAGAAGGAGAGAGAUAGGCAGAAACAAAAAAGUAUGUCUCUCUUGAGUCAACAGCCUUUCCUUUCACUGGUUCUUACCUGCCUUAAGGGACAAGAUGAACAACGGGAAGGCCUCCUAACAUCUCUCCAGAAUCAAGUUAAUCAGAUUUUAAGUAACUGGAGAGAAGAACGAUACCAAGAUGACAUAAAAGCACGACAGAUGAUGCAUGAAGCAUUACAGCUUCGUCUAAACUUGGUAGGAGGAAUGUUUGACACAGUACAAAGGAGCACCCAGUGGACAACAGACUGGGCCCUCCUUCUCCUUCAAAUAAUUACAUCAGGAACUGUUGACAUGCACACUAACAAUGAAUUAUUUACAACAGUUCUGGAUAUGCUGGGUGUUUUAAUCAAUGGAACAUUAGCCUCUGAGCUAUCAAAUGUAUCCCCAGGAGGAUCUGAGGAGAAUAAACGUGCAUACAUGAAUUUAGUAAAGAAACUCAAAAAAGAGCUUGGAGACAAGCGGUCUGAGAGCAUUGACAAAGUUCAACAAUUGCUACCUUUGCCUAAACAGACAUGUGAUGUCAUCACUUGUGAGCCUAUGGGAUCCUUGAUUGAUACAAAAGGAAACAAAAUUGCUGGAUUUGACUCUAUAGAUAAAAAACAGGGUCUCCAGGUAUCUACAAAACAGAAGGUAUCCCCAUGGGAUUUGUUUGAGGGCCAGAAGAACCCAGCUCCUCUCUCCUGGGCCUGGUUUGGAACUGUCCGUGUGGACCGGAAGGUGAUCAAGUAUGAGGAGCAGCAUCAUCUCCUUUUGUAUCAUACACACCCCAUGCCCAAACCCCGAAGUUACUACCUCGAGCCACUGCCCCUGCCUCCUGAGGAGGAAGAGGAAGAGCCCACAUCUCCAGUCUCUCAGGAACCAGAAAGGAAAUCAGUUGAGCUGUCAGAUCAGGGAAAAACCACAAUGGACGAAGAGAAAAAAACAAAAGGAAGGAAACGCAAGACGAAAUCAAGCUCAAGAGUUGAUGAAUAUCCACAAAGCAACAUUUACAGAGUGCCUCCUAAUUACUCACCUAUUUCAUCCCAAAUGUUGCAUCAUCCCCAGUCUACUAUGUGGGGUUACAACCUCAUGGGUCAGCCUCACCAGCCUGGAUUUUUCCUUCAGAACCAAUCCCUUACUCCAGCUGGCUCCAGAUUGGACACUUCCAGCUCCUUUGUCCCCACAAACACCAAACAAGCCCUAUCAAACAUGCUGCAGCGGCGCUCAGGGGCGGUAAUGCAGCCACCCUCUCUCCAUGCAAUCACGUCACAGCAACAGUUGCUACAGAUGAAGCUUCUGCAGCAGCAACAACAACAGCGGCUUCUCAGGCAAGCCCAGACUCCACCUUUCCAACAGGGUCAGCCAGAACAGGCAACUCUCUUUGCUGCACAAGCGCGGCCCUCCCCUCAGCUCUCUCAGUAUCCAGGACUGCAACAAGCACAGACCAUGCCCCAGGGUUAUACGAUGUAUGGAACGCAGAUGCCUUUGCAGCAGAUGCCACAGCAGCAAGCUGGCAGUGUGGUCCUCUCUCCCAGCUAUAACUCCAGGACCUACUCAGCAGCACAUUCCAACCCCGCGCUCAUGGAGAGACUCAGGCAGAUGCAACAGCAGCCCAGUGGCUAUGUGCAGCAACAGGCCUCACCGUACCUGCAAUCAUUGACUGGCUCUCAGAGGCUGAACCAUCAGUCCCUUCAGCAGAGCCCCCUGGUGGUUGGAGGAAUUGAUGCUGUGUUGAGUGCUGCACAUCCAAACCUCCCCUCGGUCUCACUGCCUCAGGACCCGAUGAGGCCCAGACAGUCACAAAUUCGACAGCAGCAGAGACUCCUCCAGAUCCAGCAGCACCCCCAGACCCAGCAAUCUUCUCAGUCCCAAGGUCAAACACUGGGUCUACAAGUAAUGCAAUCCCAGCAGCCUUUGGUUCAUUGA